GCAAAAUAGCAAUGCAAAUCAUCGAAUAAAUUAAUUUAUCAGUUUUUUUUGUUUAAUUGUAACUUCUUUGAAGUAUCUAAUUUCAUUUGUUCUAUACGUUUUCUAUUAACGAACAAACGAGAUUCUUUCGUGAACUGAAAAAUAUGUACACAUGGAAAUUAAUGAGAAAGAGAUAGCUGUUAUAUCUAGAAAUGGCAUGAUGUAAAUUUUUGUUAUACUGAUAGAAAAAUGAGAAAUCUCACAAAGCUGAAUGAUAGUAGGUUGUGAUUACGCGAGAGUUUAUCGAACUCGAAAAAUAAAUGCCAGUAUGAGAUGAGUAUGAUAUUCAUUAUUGAAACAUUCAUAAGAGCUAAACUACUUAUUACAUAAAACUGAGAAAUCCUUAUUUUCUACUAUCCGAUCCAAAAUAAAAGAUAGAUUACCAUUUUUCGAAUAACUUUUGAUAGGAACAAGAUAGAGAGCUGCGGUUUUCACAAUUCUAACUUUUACAGCUCGUAUCAAAGUUUUCAGACAGUUUGAAAACUCCAAUUUAUCGAAUCUUGUAUAUUUCUAUAACUGAAAGCAAAUCAAAUCAUAACUACAACAUAAAAACAAGUUGAACGCAAUAAAAGAUCGUCUCCAAACUGUUGGCUUGGAAAAUAAAUUAGAAGUCCAGUGGACUACUGUCCUGUGGAAGUGCGUUUAGGUUAUACACUGUGUUGAUGGAAAAAUGAAUCACUAGGAAAAGUAUGAAGAGUAGGGUAACCGGCUGCCGAGAAAAUUUUAGCAGGAUACCCAACAAAAAGUCUCCUGCUAUCAAUAUAUCUCAAGUAAUUGACUGAAUACACUACUGAAAAUUGCCUCGGAUAAUGGGCAUUUGAAGGUGUUUGUAAGUAGAGUCCAUCGGUAUGGUGCGGAACCGAAAAUUUUGAAUCCGACAAGCUCUAUUCGUAAGAGAUUUGUUUGGGGACUCUGUAAGUAUUCGACGCGUGUUCUACUGACAAUGUUUUCUCAAGUAAGUCAAUUGAGUAGUUAAAUGUAUUUGAUUUUCAAAUAAAUAAUCCUAAAAAAAAUUUGACUAUUCAAGAGAAGUUCGAUCUAUGUUUUAUAAAACCUACCGUGCAGAACAUUUGAAAUUUUCUUCACUUAACUUUAAACUCUUAAAUAAAUUGUAUUUUUUUUUAAACAGAUAAUAGUGAAAUAACAAAUGACGAUACAAUAGUGAUUAGUCGUGAUGCAUUAUCUGCCUUAAUGAUAAAUAAUGAUACAUAUACACCACGUACUGUUGUUUUACAACGAGGAAAAAAAGGUUUUGGUUUUGUUCUUCGAGGUUCACGAAUUGCAGGAAAAUUAUUUCAACCAACACCAUCAUUUCCUGCUCUUCAAUUUCUCGAUAGUAUUGAAAAAGGUAGUAAUGCUGAUAAAGCAGGUCUUAAACAAAAUGAUUAUGUUCUUGAAAUCAAUGGUAUUAAUGUAACUUCUAUGCCACAUGAAGAAUGUGUUAAUAUAAUAAAACGAGCUGGAGAUACUUUAGCAUUAAAAAUUGUAACAGCAAAUAUAUCAUCAAUGGUCCAUUCUAAUCAUGAUUCACAAUCACAUUAUACUACUUUUCAAUCAUUACCUUAUCGACGUAAAGCACCUCUUCAUCCCAGUUUUGAAAAACCAUUUGGUGAAGAUCUUGAUCGAACAUUAGCAGAAUAUGAAUAUGGUAGUAUGUCUGAAGCAUAUCUAUCUAUAUCAAAACCACAAAUUGAAAAUAUUCAUAAUGGAUCUGCAUCUCUUCGUAUUAAAAAUAAACCAAUUGUACCUGAACGUGAUUCGUCACUUUAUGAUUUUUUUACUAAUAAUCAAAAUCAACAAGUUUAUAAUAGAUUUCAAUCACUUAUACCAGCAAUAAGUGUACCAAAUUUAUCAUCAAUAACAAAUAAUCGAUGUAAUUCAAAUUCAUCAUCAAAUGAAGCUGAUGAAGAAUUAUCUUUAUCAUCAAUGAACAGUAAUCAAGUUGUACCAACAACAACAAAUUUAAUUGAAGAGAAUGGAAUUGGAAUUUAUAUGACACCAUCAUUAUCUCUUAGUACAACGAAUAUGUCAACUUUUAAAACAAUACCAAUUAAUCAUUUACCUUCGAAACCAAGUGAAGUUAAAAGACGAUCAAAUAAUCGAAAACAAAUUUCUACAACACUUAAUUUAAGUAAUAAUACUUUACCAAAAACAAUUGAGAAUGAAACUUCUGUUCCACCACCGCCACCUCCAUUUCCGACAAAUUUUGAUUCAAUAAAUAAAAUUGAACAUCAAAAUUCUUCAACAAUAGAAUCAAAACAAAUCAAAGUUGAAUCGAUCGUAACAACAACGAAAAAUGAUUUUCAAAUGCAAAUUGAAAAAGCAAAAAGUCGUUUGAAAAAGAUAAAUAUCGAAACAUCAUCAAAAUCAAUUCUAUCGUCAACAAAAUCAAAUGGACUGAGCAAAACAAUACAUCAAAAUAAUUUCACUAAUCCGAAUAAUUAUCGUCCACCGAGUUUAUAUAACCCACCUGAUUUAAAAAGCAUUAUAAUCGAAGAUAAAACUCCUUCAAACGGAUUUCCUCCACCACCAUCACCCAGUACUCUUCGUCGUUCAUCAACAACAGCAUCUAUACAAAAAACAUCAACAAUCGAUCCUCGAUUAGAUAUUAAUUUUUCUUCUGUAAUUGCUCAACGUGCAGCAGCAUCAAAAGUUCGUCGUCAUGAAAAUCCUGUAGGACUUGAAUAUAAUUCGAAUGGAUUACCACCAUCAACAACAUUUUAUAAUAAUUGUAUUACAACAAAUGGAAUUCAAACAAAUAAUUCAUCAUGUCCGCAACGAUUUAGUGCUACAGCUAAUCAAUUAUUAGAGAAUCUCAAACGUCGCGGUGGAAAUAUAACAUCGAUGAAUCCUUGUAUUAAAAAUUAUCAUUAA